AUGAACGUCACUAACAAACUCCAAAAACGCCCUUUAUCCCUAUCCAGCUUUCAACCAAAUUAUGAAGCUCAUCAACCUGUAGAACUUACUCAAUAUAUUAAUCCCGAAUCUGAAAAGGCACAUCACGUUCUUCUAGCCCAUCAUCAACGUGAAUGGCGUAAUAGCAGACGUUAUAUAGAAAGCUACAAAACGGUUAUGUGCCAAAAUUGGUUGGAACGGGCACAAUGCAGUUUUGGAAAAAAUUGCCGUUUUGCUCAUGGCUUUGAUGACUUAAGGACACCGACGCUUCCUCUUCCCAUUAACGAGAAGUACAAAACUCGUCUUUGUGAAAAAUAUACAAGUCGUGGAGUUUGCCCUUACGGUAGUCGCUGUUUAUUUAUUCAUCCUGACAACGUCCAAAAUAAUUUGCAAACAAAUUUCGUCCAAAGCAAUUACCUCAACACGACUACUAAUUAUUUUGCUAGAUCAAUGCCUUCCUGUCUAAUUAAGAAGAAAAGCCAGAAUCUCUUUCCUCAGAUUCUUGAAGAACUUAAUCGUGAAAAAGAAAACCAACAGCCACGAGCCUCGUCUGAUGCAAUGCAAUUAGAAAUGGAGCGCUUUGUUGACGGUCUAGUCGCGUCGCCUUGUGCCUUUAGGUGAUCCUUUUUAAGAUUUUUAAUUUAUUCUGUGCCAAUUUUGAUUUUUAAAUGUCCUUAAUUUUUGUAUUUUUAAAAUUAUCAAAUGAUUUUAUGAAGGGAUUCUUUUUGGGGAAAUUUACGAAAUUAAAGACAUUUUUAGACAAGCCUAAUUUUCUAAUUUAUUUUCUCUGUUUAUUUGUGACUUUUUAAUUUUUUAAUUCGUUUAAUUUUAAUUUCUUUAAAUUUUUAAUUUAUUUUUUUUUCUCUCAAAUUUACUUGUAUUUUACGACUAUGAAAUAAAUAUUUAAAUACUAGCUUCUAUUCUUUUAUAUAGUUUAUGGAUCUUAAUUUUUUCUUUUAUCAUUUUUUGCAUGUUUUUUUGAAGUUUAUAAUUUAUUGGUACGGCUUUGGAAGAGAUAGAAGUGUUUAUAAAAUUUGUCCCAAUCUUUGUGAGUAAUUUAAAUACC